CAUCGGGAAUAUGAUCUGAUCUGAUAUGCAAAAGACGAAAAAGGGACUUAUCAACUGAAACAUACGGCGAAACAUGCGUAAUGAUCCAUUCGGCCCAAUGGUGUCGUGGAUCAGCACAAACCGUUUUGCUGAGGUACGUUUCACAUGCCGUGUCCCAGUUACAGUACUCAGUCUACAUACAGCAUCAUACGCGUUGAUGCCAAGAAGUCCAAGGGCCUUUUCAGUGAGACAGUCGCGGGGCGAGGCCAUCCGAGGAGUAAAGGUUGCUCAGCUCAUGCAGUGCAAACACCCCGCUUUGGUGAGGUUAUGAAAUAUGCAUCCGGUGAGUAGGCCCAAGAUAAUGACGAGAGAAUGAAUGGAGAGGAGGAAAGAGGGAAGAAGAAGGGGGUUGUUGGACUGCCCACCCGAAUUUACAGGAGGCUUCAUGAGUUCUCCUUGAAAUAGAAGCUCCUCACCCUAGACUGAACACGAGAUCAAGUAAAGAAUGGCUCCCAUCACUGCUGUCAUCGACAAGACCACCGCCGACAAUAGCGUCAUCAAACUCUUCUAUGCCACCGGAAAGGCCCAGCUCGGUCUUGCGCUAUGGUCAGGCACGAAGGAUGUAGAUCCUGAGGACUCGAUACAGGCUCCCCAGGAAGUCGGAAAUGGCCAAUACAUCCUCAAUCCAUCGCAGAUGGCGAGCGUCAACUUCCAAGGUGUAGAAAGGAUCUUUGCUCUUACAACGGCAAACCCAUUCAAAGUUAGCCCGAAUGAUGUGUACAGUCUGGCGGAGAUUUCUGGUUCAAACCAGAGGGAACUGCAGGGUCUGUUCAUUGGAAACACUACGCUCGCUGCUUGUGCCAAUGAUGAAGAUGCUUGGGUCUAUUUCACCAGCCCCAUGGGUCAAAACAGCAGAAUCCUUACGGAAAUGAACCUUCAAACUCUGCGGACCACUCAGCUCACAUGGACCCAUGAUCUCUGGAUCAACUCCUUCGCCGCAGCCUGGUACGAUACCAUAACUGAGAAACGCUGCGUUAUUUAUGAGGGAAGCUUCCUUGUAGAUUAUGUUGUCGACAGUGGCACACCGGGCACGGCAAUAUCCACAACUGGAGAUAUGCAGCGCAACACUCCAGUAGCCGUCGCAUUCGACGCUGGUAAAGUCUUUCUUUACUACUGUGGGAGAGGCGCUGCUGGUGGCAUUCGGCGCACCAUUAGGACUAACAAUUCUUGGGGCACUUCUACUCUUAUUGAUAGUCGUACCAUUUCUCAGGAUAGCCAGCUCACCGUGGUGAGGGCUAAUGGCAUUAAUCAUUUGUUCUUUGUGGCGAGAGAUCAGAACGAGGAGGAGGAUGAUUAUUUUGUGCAUUACCGGGACGAGAUUGCAUAG